AUGGCGUCUGAUGCAGCUCCUGCAGGUGAGGAGGAGGAGGAGGUGAGGAAGAGGAGGAGGAGGAGGAGGAAGGCUGUGGAGCUCUGUGAGGGGGAGGGGAAGGAGGGGAAGGGGGGGGGCAUCGAGGAGCUGACCUGCUGGGGACAUGACGCUCUGCAGGAGGGACGGACAGAGGAAGCUCUGAGCUGCUUCAGGACGGCUCUGAAGGCUGCAGAGCAGCUGCAGGACUCUGGGCUCAUAGCGGUCUGCUCCUUUAAUCUUGGGGCGGCCUACGUGGAGGCGGGCCGACCUCAGAGGGGUCUGGACUUCCUGCGGCGGGCCGAGCCGGGUCCGAAGGCGCAGCGUCUCCCAGACCUCCAGUUCAACAUUGCCCUGGCCCACAAUGCACUGGGGCAGAGCCGAGAGGCCGCCGCCUACUUCCUGCAGGCCGCACAGCUGUACCGUUCCCAAGGAAACGGAGCCAGCGAGGGAGACGCCUGCAUGGAGAUGAGCCGUUGCUAUAGCGACGACAAGGACUGGUCUCUGGCGGUUGGGGGUUUCCUGCGUGCGGCCGACAGCUACAGAGUGGCGGCCAUGUUGGACUCUGCAGCCACCGCUCUCAAAGAGGCGGGAAGACACAUGAUCCAAUCAGAUCAGUUCAGCCGGGAUGACAUCAUCGGCGUGCUGACAGAGUGUCUGAGUUUGACGGACAGCGUCACCGACCCGAGAACUCUGGGUGAGCUGUACCUGUCGGUGGGCGUGUCUUACUGCCAGCUCAGGUGUUUCCAGGAAGCGUUGCCGUGUCUCCAGCAGGCGGUGGGCCCCUCCUCUCAGUGGCCCCCCCUGCUGGCCAGCGUGCUGCACAACCUGGGGGCCGCACUCAACUCUGUGGGCCGGUUCACUGCUGCGGCUCGCUACCACAGGCUGGCUGCUGGACUCUACGGCUCUCUGGGUUGCCGUGGUGACCAGGCUCGGUGUUUCAGUAACUUGGCGUUAGCCUGCAGUCAGCUGGGUGAGGAGGAGGAGGCAGCGGAGAGCUUCCUGCACGCUCUGCAGGGCUUCAGAGACAUCGAGGACCAUGGUGCUCAGGUACAGGUGUGUGAGGGGUUAGCAGACUGUUACCUGAAGCAGAGGAAGCAGCAGAAAGCUGUUCAGUUCUACAAACAGGCUCUGACUGCUCUGUCUCACUGCAAGGAGAGCUGUGGGUCAGUUCAGGAUCGUCUGGUGGAGCGUCUGACUGCAGCUCUACAUCAGAGUCUGACUGUCAGCCUGCAGAGGCCACGCCCACACAGCUCACCUGUCGGACAGCAUGUCAGGAAGUCUGAGAUCACACAGAGUCCAGGGAGUCCAUCCAAUCAGCAACCAGAUGGGAGGAAGGGGGAGGGGCCAGUGGUGUCUCAUUGGCCCAGGAUGCAGAGGUCCCGCCCCCUGCGUCCAGGUGGAGGUCUCGGUUCUGCUCUGUGA